AUGAUGUGUUAUGCGAGCUCCAGGGGGCGCUGUGGGGGGGAGUGGGAGAUGGAAGAGGAGAUGGAGGUGUGUGUCAUGCGAAUAAGACGGGGCCUGGUGCCCUGGAUGGAGCUCACAGAGAGAGAGGGGCAGCGGACAGACGGCUCCCCCACAGACCGGAGCCCGAACUGGGUCAAGGUGACGGGCCGCGGAGCUCACCAUCUGGAGCUCAUCUGA